CCAAAACCCCAGGCAAAACCCUACACCAUAUUUCCAGUAUUCAGCAGAGGAAGGAAAUGAGCAAGGCAGGCCACGAAGACGACGAGAAGGGCGAGGUAUUCCUCGACGAAUCCGAUAUAAUCCACGAAGUCGAUGUCGACGAAGAAGAUCUUCCUGACGCGGACGAUGAUGAUGCCGAAAUUGCUGAGGAACCAGAUGAUUCGAUUCACAUAUUCACCGGUCAUACCGGUGAACUGUAUGCGGUUGCCUGUAGCCCAACAGAUCCAGUAUUAGUGGCAACUGGGGGUGGGGACGAUAGGGGGUUCCUUUGGAAAAUAGGUCAUGCUGAUUGGGCUUCUGAACUCCAAGGCCAUACUGAUUCAGUCUCUAGUUUAGCCUUUAGCAAUGAUGGACAGUUACUUGCAUCUGGAGGGUUUGAUGGACUUGUUAAAAUUUGGGAUACAUCAGGAAAUCUGAAAUGCACGCUUGAGGGUCCAGGAGGUGGCAUUGAGUGGGUCAGGUGGCACCCAAAAGGACAUCUGAUCUUGGCGGGAUCUGAGGAUUGCACUGUUUGGAUGUGGAAUGCUGAUAACGGGCAUUGUCUUAAUGUAUUCUCAGGCCAUGGAGCCAGUGUGACUUGUGGUGAUUUUACCCCUGAUGGCAAAACAAUAUGCACUGGUUCUGAUGAUGCUACCUUGAGGAUAUGGAAUCCAAGAAGAGUUGAAAGCAUUCAUGUUGUAAGAGGUCAUCCAUAUCAUAGUGAAGGACUGACAUGCUUGUCUAUAAGUUCAGAUUCAACUUUUGCUGUUACUGGUUCAAAGGAUGGUUCUGUUCAUGUCGUGAAUAUCACAACCGGGAAGGUUGUUAGUUCUUGGCCUGCACAAUCAAGUUCAACUGAAGGGGAUCCAGAGUCAAUUGAAUGCGUUUCAUUUUCACCAAACUUCCCCUGGGCUGUUUCUGGUGGCAUGGAUGGAAACCUUACCAUCUGGGAUGUACAGCACUCAUCGCUGCGUUUCAUAUGUAACCACAAGGAGGGAGUAACAUGCUUGGCUUGGCUCGGAGCAUCCAAAUUCUUGGCUACAGGGUGUUGUGAUGGGAGAAUACGCCUGUGGCAUUGUCUCUCGGGGGAAUGUGUAGAAACCUUGAAAGGGCACGAACAUGCCAUCCAAUCUCUGUCUGUAUCUUCCAAUCUAGAGUUUCUUGUUUCUGUUUCCAUUGACGGCACUGCACGUGUAUUUGAAAUUAGAGAUUUCCAUUAAUGAAAAUAAGCUUCCGAGAUUCUUAUGGGGGUUACAAACUAAUAUAAUUUGUAUUCUUACCGUGAGAGGAAUUGUUACUUGUAUGUACUCCGAUAUACUUUUACACUUGUAUAGGUUUUUUUUUGUUGUGGAAGGUUUUUAUUUACAAGUUCGAGAUUCAUUUUAUCUUUUAAUGACGUGAGAUUCAUGGCAUGUUAUGAGUCUUCAUUUUUAACUUACAUUGGAGGAAUACUCUUACUUAUAA